AUGUCAGUCAGUGUCCACGAGAACCGUAAAUCCCGGACUAGCACCGGCUCCAUGAACAUCUUGCUUUUUCACAAAGCUUCCCACCCAGACUGCGUCUUGUCACAUCUGAACACGCUGCGGAAGCACUGCAUGUUCACCGAUGUCACCCUUUGGGCAGGAAACAGGUCGUUCCCAUGUCAUCGGGCAGUGCUGGCUGCCUCCAGCAGAUACUUCGAAGCCAUGUUUAGUAAUGGCCUCCGGGAGAGCCUGGAUGAUGAGGUGAACUUCCACGACAGCCUCCACCCAGAGGUGCUAGAGCUAUUGUUGGACUUUGCUUACUCCUCUCGGAUCAUCAUCAAUGAGGAGAAUGCAGAGUCCCUCCUGGAGGCUGGAGACAUGCUGCAGUUCCAUGACGUCCGAGACGCAGCGGCUGAGUUCCUGGAGAAGAACCUCUACCCUUCCAACUGCCUGGGCAUGAUGCUGCUCUCGGACGCUCAUCAGUGCCGGCGGCUCUAUGAGCUCUCUUGGAGGAUGUGCCUGGUCAACUUUGAGACUGUUCACAAGAGUGAGGACUUCAACAACCUUUCCAAGGACACGCUGCUGGACCUCAUCUCCAGUGAUGAGCUGGAAAUUGAGGAUGAGGAAAAGGUCUUUAAGGCUGUCAUCCAGUGGGUGAAAUACGAUCUGGAUGAGCGGAAGGCUUAUCUUCCAGAACUUCUGAGGAACGUUCGUCUGGCCUUGCUUCCUUCUGAAUGCCUCAAGGAAGCCUUGGCUUGUGAGGACUUGAUCAUGGUGGAUGAAAGGAACAAGCUUGUCUUGGAUGAAGCUAUUCAGUGCAAGAAGAAGAUCCUCCAAAAUGAUGGGGUGGUCACCAGUCCCUGUGCCAGGCCUCGCAAAGCUGGGCACACCUUGCUGAUCCUGGGAGGACAGACCUUCAUGUGUGAUAAGAUCUACCAAGUGGAUCACAAAGCAAAGGAAAUUAUCCCCAAAGCAGACCUGCCAAGUCCACGGAAGGAGUUUAGUGCCUGUGCCAUUGGCUGCAAAGUAUAUGUCACUGGAGGCAGGGGCUCGGAGAACGGGGUCUCAAAAGAUGUAUGGGUGUAUGACACGGUUCAUGAGGAAUGGUCAAAAGCUGCCCCAAUGUUAAUAGCUCGGUUUGGGCAUGGCUCGGCUGAAUUGGAAAACUGCCUGUAUGUGGUUGGUGGACACACCGCAGUAGCUGGAGUCUUUCCUGCAUCUCCUUCUGUUUCCUUGAAGCAAGUAGAGAAGUAUGAUCCCAUAUCCAACAAAUGGACAAUGGUGGCUCCCUUGAGAGAUGGAGUGAGCAACGCUGCGGUGGUGAGCGCCAGACUCAAGCUUUUUGUCUUUGGUGGAACCAGCAUUCACAGAGACAUGGUGUCCAAAGUUCAGUGCUAUGAUCCAGCUGAGAAUCGAUGGAUGAUCAAAGCUGAAUGCCCACAGCCCUGGCGCUACACAGCAGCCGCUGUGCUGGGCAGCCAGAUUUUCAUCAUGGGAGGAGACACCGAGUUCACAGCAGCAUCUGCCUACCGCUUUGACUGCGAAACGGACCAGUGGACACGCAUUGGGGACAUGACAGCCAAGCGCAUGUCAUGCCACGCUUUGGCUUCGGGGAAUAAACUCUACGUGGUGGGGGGUUACUUUGGGACUCAGAGGUGCAAAACGCUGGACUGCUACGACCCUACGUCAGACACGUGGAACUGUAUCACAACGGUGCCUUACUCGCUCAUCCCCACAGCUUUUGUCAGCACCUGGAAGCACCUGCCAUCAUGAUGAGGGUGAGGGCUCGAGGGCUUGUAUCCAGGAGGUCAAUAAGGUGCCAGUGUCACAUCCACGUCCCCUGUCUCGCUGCUGGAGCCAGCACAGCGACCGAGUCCCCU